AUGAAUCAUGAUAUUCUAUGCCGUGGUGGAGUACGAGAACGUACAUACGUACAUCCAGAGGGUAUCGUGGGUAUAUCCGGGGGCAUCAUGAAGCAGGCAAAUGGAUUUAAAAUUACUUUGGAGGCGAAGGGAGCUUCCUUCCGUCUGUCGGUAGUUGUAGGGGACGUCUUGGUACAAUGCUGCGUCACGCGUAUGGAUGCGAGCAGAAUUAAGGUUGUCAUAAUGUCAUUGUCAUUGAAUCGAAUACCACCCACGGAAGUACUCCAGAAAGAAACAAUUUCCCGUGAUGAUAAUACCAUAAUCCAUGAACAUCUUCAGAAUCAUUCACAUUCCAUCCCUUGCACGGAAUACCGUAUCGUAGGUUAUGCAGCGGUUAUUAAUAGCGAUAAUGCUUAA